UUCAAUGACAGCGGAUCAUGCAGGGGUCGACAAACAGUCAACAAUUCAAGAACCCAACCCUGUGGAUGGUGGUGAGACAGGCCCAAAAGGCAAAGAUGGUGAUUCAGGUGAUGAGGAGCAGUGCUCCGAAUCGGCUGUUAUAGGGAAUAUUCCAGAUUCUGCAACGUCAGAAUUCCUGGAAAUGCUGGUGAAGUCCAUUUUGAAAGACCUAAGCUCUCCGACUGCCUCCAAGGACUACAUCCUGGAACUGAUCCCUGACAUCUCAUCUGCUGUUGUCACUUUCCAGAGUGGAAAAGAUAACACUGACUUUAUAGAAAGAUGUCCUCAAAUCCGGAUGUUUACAAAGAAGGAGUUAUCAGUCCGACCCCUUGAGACCACAAAGAAGAUUGUGGUUGAAGGAGUUGCGGACUGCAGCGAAGACAUCCUCUGCCUCUACUUUGAAGAUCAAGGCGGAGAGGUGGAAGAUGUUCAACUGAAUGAAGCUGAACAGUCUGCUGUUGUCACGUUUAAAAAUCAUCAAGAUUUUAAGAAAGUCUUGGGUAAAAAGCAUGAGAUAAAAAAAGAAGAAAUCAAAGUCUAUCCAUUCUACAAAUCUUAGAUUGAAAGGAUCCAGAACCCUGCACUAUGGAAAAGUCUUCAGAUCAAAAAACAAGAGAUGGAGGUGAGAAAUAAUCAUCAGAACAAUGAGAAACGUCUCUUCCACGGCACCAGUGAAGACACCGUCCCCAUCAUCAAUGAAUCUGGCUUCAACAGAAGCUACGCAGGAAAAAAUGCUGCCUAUUAUGGAAACGGUUCCUACUUUGCAGUUAAAGCUGAUUACUCUGCACAAGACACCUACUCGAAGCCCAAUGCAAAUGGAGAGAAGUUCAUGUACCUGUGCAGAGUUCUGACAGGAGACUACACCAAGGGACAAGCAAAUAUGAUCGCUCCACCACCCAAAGGAGGCUCCGGUGUCCACAUGUAUGACAGUGUGGUGGACGAUAAGAUCCCCCCCAGCAUGUUUAUAGUGUUUCAUGACACUCAGGCCUAUCCUGAGUAUCUGAUCACCUUCAAGUAGCAACACCUAGAAAAUGUUAAAUACAAAUGCAACAUCUAAUAACCAUAGAAAAUCUGAUCUUCUUCCUGAUAUACUUAUUUUAACUUGUCUUAAGUUCACUUAAUUAGUACUUUAUGUGUUCUGGAACAUUUAGUGCCUCAAAGUGAUGCCUUAAUGUCUCAUGCCUUAAUGCCUAUGAACUAUUUACACGAUCUCACUCCUGUUAUAUAAAUCAUGUAAUUGUGGAAGUUUAAGACUAACAAUAAUUUCUACAUUUAAAAAUGAAACAAACCUUAAUGAAAACUUAAGAAUGAGCUAUGAACAAGCACAGCUGAUUUCACUGUUCACUUUUCUUCUGUACUUGAAGUA